AUGGCUUAUCUUAUAGAUCUCAAGACUAUCUGUGUUGGUAUGUACUUUCUAUGUACUAUAUAGGUGUAUGAAGUAGAGAUUGUCACUUGUAGUCUUAAAUGAAAACUCUUGCCUCCGUUUAUAGUGGAUUUGGUUUCUGGAUUUAACGCAGCAUCAGUCGGACAUGAUUCCAAGAUCGAUUGGCUUGAGGUAUCUUGUCACUUUUUCUGUUGAAAUAUAAUCGUUUCUGUUUUCAAUGUUUAACUUCAAUUCGCACUGAGCAAGCUUAGAUUUUUUAAAUAAGCAAAAUUAUAUUCUCUUUCUAGUUGAAUGAAACUGGCCGAAAGCUACUUUAUCGGGAUAAAAAGUCCAAGGUUAGUUAACUUUCUAUUAUGAAACAAAUACUGCAUGGGCUUCGUAGGCCAUUUACAGCUCACAUGCAGAAAAAAGUAUUCGUUAUAGCAUGGAUUGUAAAAUAACUGGAUAGGAAACUUUCUGACGUCACAGUCUAAACCUAGUUGCAAUCUGUGACGUCACGCGUAUUGCCAAAGUUCUCAGCAUUUUUUGUUUCGCUAUAUUUUCUGCUUUAAAAGAGUAAUGUUGAAGCAUAAACUGGUCUAAUUGUUUUAAAAACAUGCCUAAGCCACGACAAAGUAUUCAAGGUAAAUGUUUUUCGUCUUUGUUUUGUAUUUUUUUACAUUUGUAGCUACGAAAUUGGCGUCGCCAAUUUUAACGAAAUUUGCGAUGCAUUUUUCACUGUUUAGUGCUUGAAAUAUUUGCUAAAAUUGACUGGAAAUACUUAGAGAUUUCAUCGUAGAAUGGCGUAGUUAUAUUUAUUUGCUCUUUGACUAAAAUGUUUAGCUGUAUUAUUGCUAAACAUGCCGUUUUUGAGAAUUUGGUUUGCAACUAGGUUUCAACAUCCAAUCACGCCAUCAGCCCAUUGAAAACAUUAGGUCACGUCAGCUAGUUUCCUAUCCAUGUAUUUUAUUAUCCAUGGUUAUAGUUAAGAGUAAAUUUUGUUCUUUUUAUGUAUAGCUGUACCUUCUUGAUGUUGAGAGCCACAGUCGCACGACGAUAUUGAAUUAUUGCACUUACGUUCAGGUAAGUGUUUAUUAAUGCAUGAUUUCAGCUAUACACGAAAUUUUGAUCAAGACAAGGAGAACGAAAUCCAUUACCAUAGCUGGAAAGAGCAUCUUAAAAUGAGUAAAAUUGCAAAGUUUGGUGGCGAAAUGUUGUAAAAUGAGGAAAAUAUAGCUCUGUGAAGUUCGCAAAUUUUGUAUAUAUUUGCAUUACGCGCGGGAAAAAUAACCAUGUUUGAGCCGAAAGUGGUUAUUUUUACCGCGCGUAAUACAAAUAGGCCUCUGUAUAUACAAAAUUUGCGAACUGCACAGGGCUAUAUUUUCUUUAUUUUACAACAUUUAGCAACCAAACUUUGCAAUUUUACUUAUUCUAAGAUGCUCUUUCUAGGUGUGGUGUUGGAUUUUGUUCUUGUCUCGAUCAAAAGUUUGUCCAUAGAGCGAAUCAUCCAUUACAUUUCAAAAUAUCAAUUUCAUGUCCACAAGUCUUUGUGGUUUGUUCUGAACUACCCGGAAAAUAUUAAAAUCAUUGAGGGUGUGAUAAAACUGGUACUUCGCGGUCUAGUACUUUCUUUUUUUAAACCACGUACCACGUAGGUAUGCGCACAAGUUGUUACAGGUCUGCAAACAAGUUGUUACAAAUCUGUUCACAAGCUGUCAACAAGUUAUGUUCGCACUGCUUGUUCCCAGUUGUUGCAACAAGUUUGGAACAAGCAGUUAACAACUAAUUGUAACAAGCUUGAUGGCAUCAUCAGAUUUGUAGCAAAGUUGUUGUAACAAGUCUGAUACAGUCGUGAUAUAACAAGAAUGUCACAAGGUUGAUGAUGACACAAGGUUGUAACAAUGUUGUUAUAUCACAACUGUAUCGGACUUUUUGGAACAACCUUGCAACAAGUCUGAUAAUAUCAACAAGGUUGUUACAAGUUGUUCACAGUUUGUUCCAAACUUGUUGAACAACUUGUUGGCAGACUUGCUACAAGAUGUGAGACUUUUGCGUGUGUCGGUAUGCGCACCUGUAGGGGAGGGAAAAGUAUCGGACCACGGAUCCCAGUUUAUUGCACAUUUAAUUUAAUUUGUUUUCACAGUGGGUUCCCAUGAGUGAUGUUGUGGUAGCACAAAACCGAGGAAAUCUUUGCAUUUGGUACAACAUUGACGCACCACAGAGAGUUACGAUGUUCCCGAUCAAGGUAAUAUAAUCCAGGCAAAUUUCUUUGUGUUUGACAAUUUUACAGCUCAUCUAUAUAAGAUCACAAUCGGUUGCUUAUGGUAUUGUGCUUUUAAAUGAAAUAAUAAUUAGUGUGUCUUGCUAUGUUUGCCACACAGGGUGAUAUAGUGGACUUGGAACGCAAUGAGGGUAAAACUGAUGUGGUAGUCAAUGAAGGCGUCACGACAGUCUCGUACACCUUAGAUGAAGGACUUAUUGAGUUUGGGACAGCCAUUGAUGAUGGAGAUUUUGACAGGUAUAUAAUAUAGACAUCAAACAAUUUGCAUCAAACAAAGAGUGAACUUAUUAUGUAGUUGUACACAUAGUUAUCUUAUUCAGGGUAUAUUAUUUGAAAUUUUGUUCGGUUUGCUUGCUCUUUUAGAGCGGUGUCCUUCCUCGAAACCCUUGAAAUGGUUCCUGAAACAGAAGCAAUGUGGAAAACGUUAAGUAAGCUCGCUUUGGAAGACAGACAGUUGAUGAUAGCUGAGAGAUGUUUUGCUGCACUCGGGGAUAUCAGCAAAGCGAAGUAUUUGAAGAAAGUGAACGAGUUAGCUGAACAAGCCGCAGUUGAUAUGGUAAGUUUCAAAGAUGAUUUACUAAGACGAUUUUACUAAGCAGGGUGAAAAAGGACCAUUGGUUCCAGAAAAUUUUUAAAGAUAAUUGUAAGAACCUUUAGCCAAUCUGAGACACCGGAUUUCCAAAGUUUUCUGGGGGAGUAUGCCCCUCCCCAGAUCCCCCUAGUAGUGGCAAGUGCCCCCCCUCCCAGUAGGGCCCCCCCCCUCCCAGUAGUGCCCCCCCUCCCAGUAGUACCCCUUUUUUGGCAUAUGUAAAUUUUCCUUAGGAUCUGACUCCUGAUGCAUGUUAUAUAAAUCAGUUUUUUACGUUAUAUUCCUAAAAGUAUUAUUGAUAUUCACAGUGCACUGAAAUUAUUUUUUCUAUUAGAAAAUAUAGCAUAACAUUCAGUUUGACAACCUGUUAGUAUUAUUACACAGUUACAGUGUCCAAGUGUCGAUUUACUUGAUUAUUCACAGAAAAUUUUUCAAUUUUCUCGUCCAUUCCCAGAAAGUAAAGUAUUUUCCUCACCCCUGGUACUAGUUAAGGUCAUUGUGAAUGAUGUACCUUGUCUCUGUCAUUGGUCACUGUGCGAGUAAACGCCAUGGCCUCUUAGACGGUCUAAGAAGACCAUAUCAAAUACUAUAUUUUCCCAUUUAGGGCGGAGACGGCAGCCAUCAUUUUAUGGUGCGUGCGAAACUGGCGAUACUUGACAAGAAUUUCAAAACAGCUGAGAACAUUUUGCUUGAACAAGGUCAUGUUGACGAGGCAAUCGAAAUGUACCAAGAACUACACAAGUGGGAUGAAGCCAUCGCUGUUGCGGAAGCUAAGGUGGGUUAUUUAUGAUCAUUCAUUUUGCAAUUGCUCAGUCGUACAGUAGAUGCUUUGCAAGUAUGAGGGUUGCGAGUAAAUAUGCUACAAUAAUAGGCUGGCGACAUUCUGUAAUUGAAAAAAAAAAUUGUUUCAUCUUAAUUAUUACUAUAACGUUAUAAUUUAAUCAGUUGCGAAUGGGACUAUCUUUACCGGUGCUUCCAAUGUUACAAAUAUCGUUAAUGUAUUUGGCAUCACCAUUAUUUAAUUUGCCAUCAGGGGCGUAGCCAGCUCCAAGCGAGUGGGGGUCCAAUAGUCGAAUACAGAACAACUAGGGUUCGGCCGUGCAAUCUUUACGUGACUUUGGUCAAAAUAACGAAAAUGGAGGGAAAUGCAAAUGAAAGAAUCAACAACUUUGCUGUCGAGUAGUUUCCCAAAAUCAGGGCAGGAAAAAGAAUUUUCUUCCUGGGAGCACAACCUGGAGACAAAAAGUUCCUGCAGACCAAUGGAGUAUUUUUGUGCUAAAUCUGCAUGUGCAUAAACAUACAGUGUCUAGCUGACCAUGGUUUUCAAUUAAAGGAAUAAUGUGUUCAUAUGUUGUUGUGCCCAUAUUGGGACAUGGGUGUUAAGGUUUUCUUCAAAUUUUCAAUAGCAAAUCUUCAUUGAAACGAAUUACCUGCAGCUGUUUUACAUUUCCUGCUAGCAGUGCUCGCGUACUCGCCUAUUUUUUCCACCCCUGCGCACAAUGUGCACAAAAAUGCGUAUCUGAGCUAGCCACCACACGAGGCAGUUUCUGGUUUGUCCAUUCACUUGUAACUUCCGCCAACUUUUCGUUGUCAAUUCUCAAAACACGUCCGUACCAUGAGUUCAAUAGCACAAUACAUUGCCUACUAUCAGUAUCACUACACAUUUCAAUUUUAAAUUUAUCAAGCAAAAGUAAGAUUUAAAUAAUUCAAGCAAAAGUAAGAAAUGUUAUAAGAUAUCAAAAAGUGAAGUAAUGACUAUAUAAUGUGUGGCUAAGCUGAAGUGUUGUGUAGUAAACAUCUCGAGAAAAAAGCCAAACUUUAAAAAUAUAGAAAAAUAUUCUCGUAAAAAGCUUUAAAUUUCUAUUAUGUGUUCUAUCCAACUUCUUCAAAAGCUUCAAGUACAUGUGGGAUAACAAGUAACCAAUCAGGACGCGUUGAAAAAUUGUCCAAUCAUAACCUUGGAAAGUGAACCAAUAGUAAGCCCGAUCGGGUAUGAAUUCAACCAAUCAGAGAUGAGAUGACGAUUGGCUAUAAAAACGCGUGGCAAUUUUCUGAUUACAGAAUUCUUUGUAUUAUUUCUUGGAAUUCAUAGCAAAGACCACGAAUGCUUAAAAACAAAAAUAAAACAAUUUUAUUGUUUACAACGUUUCGGAGUGUUAAGUGUUACUCCAUCUUUAAGUAAUAAAGAAAUUAAAGAUUGAAUUCUUUGUGAGAAGCUGAUAGAAGAAAGAAGGGAAGUUUACUACUUGGUGAACGUUUAUAACGGCGAAAUAUUACAAGAAAUGGCUCGUACGAAACAGACAGCUCGUAAGUCAACUGGUGGAAAGGCUCCUAGGAAGCAAUUGGCAACGAAAGCCUCUCGUAAAAGCGCCCCAUCAACCGGCGGUGUGAAGAAACCUCGUCGAUACAGGCCCGGUACUGUUGUGGCCGUUCGAGAAAUUCAUCGUUAUCAAAAGUCUACUGAGUUUCGUUAUGUCCAUUAA